CGUGCUGACGCUAAUUGUAUAUGAGCGCGAGCAGCGGGCUCUCGGGUCUUUUUUAGCGCCAUCUGCUCGCGGCGCCGCCUCCUGCUCCUCCCGCCGCUUCCCUGAGUCACUGUCUGCGCAGCUCCGGCCGCCUGGUUCCCCGUGCUGGCCACCGAUAUUUGGCGUUCUUAAAACAUGGCAGACAUUGACAACAAAGAACAGUCUGAACUUGAUCAAGAUUUGGAUGAUGUUGAAGAAGUAGAAGAAGAGGAAACUGGUGAAGAAACAAAAAUCAAAGCGCGUCAGCUGACUGUUCAGAUGAUGCAAAAUCCUCAGAUUCUUGCAGCCCUCCAAGAAAGACUUGAUGGUCUGGUAGAAACACCAACAGGAUACAUUGAAAGCUUGCCUAGGGUAGUUAAAAGACGAGUGAAUGCGCUCAAAAACCUUCAAGUUAAAUGUGCACACAUAGAAGCCAAGUUCUAUGAGGAAGUUCAUGAUCUUGAAAGAAAGUAUGCUGUUCUCUAUCAGCCUUUAUUUGAUAAGCGAUUUGAGAUCAUUAAUGCAAUUUAUGAACCUACAGAAGAAGAAUGUCAAUGGAAACUAGAUGAGGAAGAUGAAAUUUCGGAGGAGCUGAAAGAAAAGGCCAAGAUUGAAGAUGAGAAAAAAGAUGAAGAAAAAGAAGACCCCAAGGGAAUUCCUGAAUUUUGGUUGACUGUUUUUAAGAAUGUUGACUUGCUCAGUGAUAUGGUUCAGGAACAUGAUGAACCUAUUCUGAAGCACUUGAAAGAUAUUAAAGUGAAGUUCUCAGAUGCUGGCCAGCCUAUGAGUUUUGUCUUAGAAUUUCACUUUGAACCCAAUGAAUAUUUCACAAAUGAAGUGUUGACAAAGACAUACAGGAUGAGGUCAGAACCAGAUGAUUCUGAUCCCUUUUCUUUUGAUGGACCAGAAAUUAUGGGUUGUACAGGGUGUCAGAUAGAUUGGAAAAAGGGGAAGAAUGUCACUUUGAAAACCAUUAAAAAGAAGCAGAAACACAAGGGACGUGGAACAGUUCGUACUGUGACCAAAACAGUUUCCAAUGAUUCUUUCUUUAACUUUUUUGCCCCUCCUGAAGUUCCUGAGAGUGGAGAUCUGGAUGAUGAUGCUGAAGCUAUCCUUGCUGCAGACUUUGAAAUUGGUCACUUUUUACGUGAGCGUAUAAUCCCAAGAUCAGUGUUAUACUUUACUGGAGAAGCUAUUGAAGAUGAUGAUGAUGAUUAUGAUGAAGAAGGUGAAGAAGCGGAUGAGGAAGGGGAAGAAGAAGAUGAGGAAAAUGAUCCAGACUAUGACUCAAAGAAGGAUCAAAACCCAGCAGAGUGCAAGCAGCAGUGAAGCAGGAUGUGUGUGGCCUUGAGGAUAACCUGCACUGUAAUAGCCUAAACACAACUAUUAUUUACUUACAGCCUUAUGUUUUUGUAUCUUCUUGGUAGACUCAGUAAUGAAUUUUUUUUAAAGGAAGGGAAUUGAUAUUUUAAAGACCAAUUUGUUCUAACUAGCAUUUUAAUUUUAGUUUUUCUGCCAGAUAUGUUGAAUGUAGAAAUUUACACAUUUUCAUUCAUUGCUACAUAGUUUGGUUCUUCUGGAGUAUUUUUAUCCUGUAACUAUUAGAUUACAGCUAUGAAAAUAAACACAACUGUUAAAUGAAACAGAUUUUUUGUUUUGCUAAUUUUUUUCCUGAAGAACCAAAGUAUUUUUUCAGCUGGUAAUGAAAUGGGUUUGUUUGCUUGCCCUAGCUUUGCCUUUCAUUAGUUUUAGAAGUGCAGUGCUUAUACUAAGACAAUUCAUCAUUUAAAAAAACCACAAAAACAAAGCUUGUCAAGACAAGUAUAUGGUUAAGAAUUUCCAGUAAGACCAUACCCACUAACUUAGAUUGUUAAUGGAUUUUUGGUAUUUUAGGUGACAUAGUUAACUAAAGAACUCUAACUCAGUAGUAUGGUUACUGGUUACUACAGAGAGGUGAAUAAAACCUAGUAUUUUCAGAAGUUAAGCUUCAUUAUUUUAACCGUACUUUUAAAUUUAACCUCCAUUAACUAAGCAUCUUUUCUUUGUGGUAGGGUCUACCUUCUGCUUCCCUGGAAAGGAUGAAUUUUCAUCAUUUGACAAGCGUGUUUCAAGUUGUUUUCGUUUGUUUGCUUGUUUUUGUUUUUGCAGCCUAAAAUAAAAUUGUCAAAUAUAAUUUUAGUUCUCACAAGGUAAUGUCUUAAUUUUGUACUAAUUCAGGUAGAAGCAAAGUCCUAGCUUGAAUUAAGCAUUGUACCCAGUUUACCAUGUUGAAGAAAAGGGUGCCAACUUUGGAAGAGGUGUACUGCAUCUCCUAAUAAGAAAGU